GAACUCCUCCAUCACAACAUUCUUUGGCCCAAAGCAAACCGAACGAUUUUCUCUUAUACUGGAUUUUAGCAGUUAGUCGGUUACACAUUAGCAGCAUUCAAUAUCACUGCCUGUGGCACAAGUAGUGUGAUUCACAUUUAUCACAGAACAAGCAGAACAGGUUCUUCCACACCGGCACCAUAGAAAGACACGCUUUUUAUACAAAAGGGAGAGAGGGGUGAUCAGUGAACCUGUGGCAGGAGAGAGUAACCAGAGACAUUCCCAGGGGUUUUCCUGGCCGUAGUCUGGCAGGAGGACCGUAGGAGUGAAGGAAAAUAUGUUUAACUGCUCAUGGGGAAUUUGGAUCUGUCCUCAGCGGCAUUAGGAGGAAAUCAAACAUAUGUGCAGUGACUGGAAGACAAUAGAGCAGCAGCAGCACGUUUUUCUCAGAGAUCCCAGUGGAGCCAUUUGAUCCUGUAACUAAUGGCGACAGUCCAGGCCCUGUCCUUGAACCAGGACCCCAGCAAAAGCAUAUGUGCUGGUUAUCCAGCGUCCACUGUGGCAUCAGGCCGCUGCGUCAUGGGAAGUGUAGGCAGCCUAAUCGAGAAAGCAGACGUGUCACCAACCAAGAGCAACAGAGCAGUUCCACAAGUGCCAGGACGGCAGAACCACGGCCAGAUCAAGAAGGGUUUCAGCCAGAGAGAGCUGCUUAACUAUCUGAACAUAACCAAGAAGGAAGCAAAGGGCAGCAAAAACAUCAUCUCUGGGACAUCCUCUAUCAAGAGAGAGGAGGACGACGUCUACACUAAGGUCUGCCACAGGGACGGAAAAGAGGUUGAUUUGGGAAAGAACUCACUUCCUAUAGGUGGCAAGUUUGACAAGCCGCGUUUCAGGCCUUCUGCCUUUAAACCAGUCACCCCGAAAAACUUCAGUUCAAUGCAGAACCUCUACCCCUCCAAGUCAGAGGAAUCGGAGAGCGGCUUAACCAACGGCAUGAGUCUGUCCUACGCCAAGGCAGCGGCUAAAUCGCUGUCCACCUCUUCCUCGUCCUCCUCCCCUUCACGGCCAGGCACGAGUGUCAGCAAAGGCGUGCUAGCAGCAGCCCGGGGCCUCAGCCAGGAAGAGGAGAACAUGUCUGACUCAGGGCACAAUUCCAUGAACAGCCUACCGCCUUAUCGGCCGCCUUUCCGUCCUCACUUGGGACAAAUCAGUGCCUCUAUGGGUCACAUCAACCACAUCGGCUCACUAGAUCGCACCUCGCUAGGCUCCAAAGGAGUCGCUUCCACAGUGACAGACAUGUCCUGUCAGAGUAUGGCUACGCUGAACCGCUUGCAGUGCUAUGGAAGCGAGGCCCCGCCACCCUACGAACUGUCGCACUCUAUGGAGGACGUGGUGAGGGACCUGGAGGACCGUCUGCAGGAAAAAGAGCACGAGCUGCUUCAGAUGAGGAGGAACCUGGAUGAGAGCGAAGACGCCGUUGCACAGGUUUUUGAAGAGAAGCAGCGGCUCUGGGAGAAGGAAGUGACAGAACUGAAACACCUGUACAAUGCCAAACUGCGCCAGGUAUCCCAGCAGUCCCAGCGUUCACAACGAACCCUGCAGCUGCAGCUCUAUAAGGCACAGCAGGAACGUAACCGGCUGCAGGAGGAGCUGGAUUCUGUCAGGCUGGAGUGCCAGACCCUCAAAAGUCAAAGCCCAGCAUCACAAAGCCAAAACAUUAAUCCCCAGCUGGAAGAGACCCAAUGGGAGGUCUGCCAAAAGUCUGGAGAAAUCUCUUUACUGAAGCAACAGUUUCGGAACUCUCAGGCAGAGGUUACACAGAAGCUGAGUGAAAUCUUCCUCUUAAAGACUCAGCUGCAUGAGGCACGCAAUCAGAUCCGGAGCAAGGAUGGUCAGAUCGACAUGCUGCAGAUGGCCCUACAGGGAGCCCGACGGAAAUGCCCCUUGCCUGCUUUCGAGGAGCAUCGAGCUGAUACGGGUGAGAAUGAUGGAACCAGUGCUACGGAGGAGCGUCUCAGAGCUGAACUGCUGCUGGAAAGGCGACAGAAUGAGGCGCAAGCUUCAGCUUUUGAAAUGGAGAGGAGGACCUGGCAGAAUGAGAAAGAGAAGGUGAUACGCUACCAGAAGGAGCUGCAGGCCAGCUACCUGGUGAUGUACCAAAAGAAUGAGGCCUUAGAGAGAGAACUGGCAGUGCUGAAUGUGGGCAGGGCAAGAAUUGAAGAGGGAUCAGGGGGCGGAGAUGAGGGCGGGGCUUUACAAGAAGUGAAACCGCCCACUGGUCUGCCCUGGAUAGAGAGGAUUGAGUCCUCUGAGAUUUGACUUUGCAAAUGUUCUUUGGCAUCAGAAAUUAGAUUGAUGACAAUAGCUCUGGCUCCUCAACCCUCUUUUGUCUUCUGAGACAAUUUUUUAAACUUAAUAAAUAAACUAUACUGUAUAAAUUUGACCAAAAAGUGUACAAAACAGAGGAGCAAGCUGAUUAUGGGUUUUGCUUUGAUAAAUGUGGAUCAUCAAAACAUCGACUCAUCCCAAAUUUUGUCUGGGAUGAUAAAUUAUAUUUGUUUUUAGAUUCUAAAACAGUCACAAUGAGUGUUCUAGUACUGUUUUAUUUUCAUUGAUUCAGUGGUAUAUUAAUGCUUUAGGUACUGAAUAUUGUUCAUCAUGAUAGUUCAAGCGGACGAUGAAUCACAAUCCAAACAUCUCAUUUUUUUUAUGCUGCCAUUCUUCAAAGUCUGAAAUGAGAAGUGUGCAUUCCCUAAAAUGCAUGUUGCACUUUAAAAGCACACAACUUGUAAGUUUAGAAAAAAAUAUAUAGGUGUUUUAUAGAUAUAUGUAAAAAGCAGAUCCAUACAGAAGCAUUUCUGCUACUAUGUGUAUUGAUGUGCUCUGGUGGGCUUUUCUGUUCUUUUGUCCUAAGAUGUUUAUAACUGCAUGAAUGUGAAAUCAAAAUUUGAAAUCAAAAAGUCGAAUGCCAAUUUGUGCAUAGAACUGUUGAAAAGUCAUUGAUCGAAAGGGUAACAUUAGAUCCCACGUUAUUAUAUCUUCAUAUAGCAAACUAGUCUGUGACUUGUUAAAACUACUUAAUUUCAUCUUCCAUUUCAUGUAUUACUUGUAUAGAUUUAUACUAUACUGGUAUUGUGUUCUUUACCUCAAAGUCACUUAAACUUGCCAUUUUCCCUU